AUGGCUUCGGCUUUUCCUUUCCAAGUGCUUGCUUUUGUGUUACUAACCCAUACACCAUUGAUAUCUCCCUCUCCAAUUCCUCCAUCACCACCACUGAUAUUAAACCCUGGUUCAUCUCUCUCAGUCGAGAACAAAAAUGACAUUUUGAUCUCACCUAACGGCCUUUAUACAGCCGGAUUUUACAGUGUUGGAGAGAAUGCUUAUUGUUUUUCAGUAUGGUUUACUAAACCACUCGCAGAUGGAAGUCAUACCAUUGUUUGGAUGGCUAAUCGAGAUGUACCAGUUAAUGGAAAACGCUCAAAGCUUUCCCUCCUAAAAACUGGAAAUCUAGUUCUAAUCGAUGCAGAUCAACCGUUGCCAAUAUGGACCACAACUAUAAGAGAUUCAACAGAAUCAGCUCAGUUGAAAAUGAAUAAUUCAGGAAAUCUUUAUCUUCAAAAUCACGAUAAUCAAAUUAUUUGGCAAAGCUUUGGCUCUCCAACAGAUACCCUUCUUCCCGAUCAACAGCUUACGAAAGAUACACCACUUGUUUCUUCAAGAAGUUUAACGAAUUACUCUUCGGGGUUCUACAAGCUCUUUUUCGACAACGAUAAUGUCAUUAGACUUGUGUAUAAUGGACCUAAAGUUGCAGGCGUUUAUUGGCCAUCUCCUGAGCUACGUGCAUGGGAAUCUGGAAGGUCUACUUAUGGUAGCCGAAGGAUUGCGACCCUUGAUUUCUAUGGUCGUUUUAUCUCAAGUGAUAGUCUUUUCUUCAAUACAUCGGAUGCUGGAAUUCAGCCAUUGAGAAGGUUGACUAUGGAUGUUGAUGGCAACUUCCGUGCCUAUAGUCUGGAUGAGAUGAGAGGAGUUUGGCAAGUUACAUGGCAAGCUAUGUCUGAAUCUUGCAGAAUUCAUGGAAGUUGUGGAGAAAAUAGUACAUGUUCUAACAAUCCUACACAUGGUAGGAAGUGUUCCUGUUUACCAAAUCACAAAAUGAUCAAUCACACAGAUUGGUCAUAUGGUUGUGAACCAGAAUUCGAGCCGACAUUAUGUGGUAAUGGCGAAGAUAAGUUCCUAGAACUUCCUCACACCGAUUUUUAUGGCUAUGAUGCGAAAUAUAUACCGAAUAUAACACUAGAUGGGUGUAAGCAACAGUGCUUAAACAUCUGCAAUUGCAAAGGGUUCCAGUUCAAGUACGAUAGCGCAAAAGGGAUUUUUCUUUGUUACGCAAAGUUUAAGCUGGUGAAUGGAUUCUCUUCGGUGAAUUUUAAUGGUUCCAUGUAUCUAAAGCUACCAAAAACUCUACCCUUAUCUUCAAUUAACAACAACGUUGUUCAGCGAUUCACCUUAAACUGCAGUGAGAUACCAACAAUCCAACUUCCUAGAGCUUAUGAUAAGAACACAAAUGAAGAUUCCAUCAAGUCCCUGAGGAUAUUUACUUAUGUAUUCGGUGCACUGGAGAUCAUAUGCAUUAUGUACUUCUUUUAUAAAACCCGAAAUCCAUACAACAAAUCACAAGGUUACCUCCAAGCUGCUACAGGGUUUAAGAGAUUCAGCUAUCAAGAAUUGAAGAAAGCCACUAAAAAUUUCAGCAACGAGAUAGGGAAAGGAGGUGGCGGAAUUGUGUACAAAGGAGUAUUGUCAGACGAUCGAGUCGCAGCAAUCAAACGUCUUAAACAAAUUAGCAACAACCAAGCUGAAGCCGAACUUCUAGCAGAGAUAACUACCCUUGGGAAGCUAAACCACAUGAAUUUGAUCGAGAUGUGGGGAUAUUGUGCUGAGAAAAAUCACCGAUUGUUGGUUUAUGAGUACAUGGAGAAUGGAUCAUUGGCUCAAAAUUUACAUUCCAAGAAACUAGAUUGGAGUAAGAGGUUUGACAUUGCAAUAGGCUCUGCAAAAGGCUUAGCUUAUCUACAUGAAGAAUGCUUGGAGUGGGUUUUACAUUGCGAUGUUAAGCCUCAUAAUAUAUUGCUCGAUAGUGAUUUCAAACCCAAAGUGGCGGAUUUUGGAUUGUCGAAGCUAUUGGAAAGAGAUGGAACGUGUAAUAAUUCAGAGUUUAAGAAAGCAAGAGGGACAAGAGGUUACAUGGCUCCAGAAUGGUUGUUUAUCAAUCGUCCAAUAACCUCGAAAGUUGAUGUGUAUAGCUAUGGUGUUGUGAUGUUGGAGAUGAUAACAGGUUGUAGCCAAAGAUGCGAUCUAAGUGGGCAAUCUGAGAGAAAGCUUGCGAACUGGGUGAAGGAAAAGAUAGUAGCAGCUGGUGGAAAGAAUGACUGGAUUGUAGAAGUUGUGGAUCCUAAUGUCAAUGGCGAAUAUAACAUGCGUAGAAUGGAAAUUUUGAUUAUGCUAGCGUUACAGUGUUCAGAGGAAGAUGAAGAUGCAAGACCAACUAUGAGCCAGGUUGUGGAUUCGCUGCUACAUGUUAAAGAAGAUGAUUAA